CCCACCAACAGCCUUGCUCCCUCUUGUUUCCAGUGUGAGGUGCUCAGUCCCGUGUACAGUUUCUCUCGCUGACACCAGUCAGCUCCGAAACAGAGAGAGAAAAAAAAGGACCUUUGAAAUGCGUGAAUGUAUCUCUAUCCACAUUGGCCAGGCUGGUGUCCAGAUGGGCAAUGCCUGCUGGGAGCUGUACUGUUUGGAGCACGGGAUCCAGCCCAAUGGUCACCGAGCUGAUCCAAAAAAUGCAAAUGAAGCCGAUGACUCCUUUGAAACCUUCUUCUGUGAGACACUAACCGGGAAACAUGUGCCCAGGGCAAUCUUCCUGGACCUGGAGCCAACUGUGAUCGAUGAGGUCCGCACUGGUCCCUAUCGUCAACUGUUCCACCCUGAGCAGCUCAUCACUGGGAAGGAAGACGCUGCCAAUAACUAUGCCCGUGGGCACUACACCAUCGGCAAGGAGCUCAUUGACCCUGUCUUGGCUAGAGUUCACAAGUUGGCUGACCAAUGCACAGGUCUCCAGGGUUUCCUGGUCUUCCACAGCUUCGGUGGAGGCACAGGCUCGGGAUUCACCUCUCUGCUGAUGGAACGUCUCUCAGUCGACUACGGCAAGAAGUCCAAGCUGGAGUUCUCCAUCUAUCCUGCUCCCAGGAUCUCCACAGCUGUGGUGGAACCUUACAACUCCAUCCUGACCACUCACACCACACUGGAACACACUGAUUGUUCCUUCAUGGUAGACAAUGAAGCCAUCUAUGACAUCUGCCAUAAAAACUUAGAUAUCGAGCGUCCAGGUUAUAUCAACCUGAACCGUCUGAUCGGGCAAAUAGUGUCAUCGAUUACUGCAUCUCUCCGCUUUGAUGGUGCUUUGAAUGUUGACCUGACAGAGUUUCAGACCAAUUUAGUUCCCUAUCCACGUAUCCAUUUCCCUUUGGCUACCUAUGCCCCCGUCAUCUCAUCUGAGAGAGCUUACCAUGAGCAGCUGUCUGUGGCUGAGAUCACCAAUGCCUGCUUUGAACCGGCAAACCAAAUGGUCAAGUGUGACCCACGCCACGGCAAGUACAUGGCUUGUUGCCUGCUCUACCGUGGUGAUGUGGUGCCAAAAGAUGUCAAUGCUGCCAUUGCCACCAUUAAGACCAGGCGUUCCAUCCAGUUUGUGGACUGGUGCCCAACUGGUUUCAAGGUUGGCAUCAACUACCAGCCGCCUACGGUGGUGCCUGGUGGGGACCUGGCCAAGAUGCAGCGAGCUGUGUGUAUGCUAAGCAACACCACGGCCAUUGCUGAAGCCUGGGCUCGUCUCAAUCACAAGUUUGAUCUGAUGUACGCCAAGCGCGCCUUUGUGCAUUGGUAUGUGGGUGAGGGGAUGGAGGAAGGGGAAUUCUCAGAGGCUCGUGAAGACAUGGCUGCCUUGGAGAAAGAUUAUGAAGAGGUUGGUGCUGAAAGUACAGCUGAUGAUGAUGAUGAAAUUUAGGGAUUCUGAACUCCUUUCUGAUCAAGGGCAAAACAUUUCAUUUCUGGUUGACACAAUUAAAAUCCAUUCCUUUUGAAUGAUAGCAUUCUAAAUUGCAUUGUUGUUUGCUAUAUGAGAAAUGGACAUUUUAACAUUCUGAGCUUUUAGAUUUGAGUUAAUUAUUUGGAUACGCUCCUCUGUUUUUACCGAAUAAAAAUAAAACUUGCAACAUGA